GAAACGUCAGUGUCAUUCUUAUUAGGAUCUUUGUCAAUAAAUUAAAAAUAUCAUGUAAUAAUAACUUAAUUUUACUUUGUCCUUUAUUAUUUUUGAGUGUGAAAGAGUAUUUUUCGGUGGAGAAGGUUUAGUGCUGGUUUUGGUUGAAAAAAGUUAAAAUGUACAGCUGCAGCCAUUUAGCGACCGCAACGAACAUUCCAAUCGCAAACAUCCUCAGUUCAAUAGAGAGACCUGUUUGUGCCGACUGCGGUUGUACGAAACCGAACCUAUGGAUCUGCCUAUUUGCAAACUGUUUCCAGAUCUGUUGUGGGGAAAAAUUCAACGAUCACAGCACUAUCCAUAAUUCAAAAAACCCCUCACAUUGUAUCCAUAUGAAUUUAGUAACGAAACGAAUAUGGUGUUACGAGUGCAAAGAUGAAGUCUUCAUGGAACAGCCAUCGACGGCUGUUUCUUCGACCGUUCCGUCGUACGACAGCGAUCCAGAGAUGGAAGGCUGCACAUACAAAUCACGCGAUUCGGGUCAUGGCAGCUACAGUACCCUUCGUACCAACACUCCGGAACGGAUGAACGUCUUUGCAUUUGAAAAAACAGUCGGUCUCAACGUUGGAAUGAGCGGAGACGCUUCGGAUGGCAGCGACGCCGAAGACUCAACCGAUUAUAGCGUUGAUAGACCAGUCGGUCUCGUCGGUUUGCAAAACAUAGGCAACACGUGUUACAUGAAUGCUGCUUUGCAAGCCCUCAGCAACGCUAUCCCAUUGACGCGAUUCUUCCUCGAAUGUGCGACGACAGUACAGAUUUUAUCUGAAGGGAAAAAACCAGGACUGAGUAGAACUUAUCAGACGCUAAUCAGAGAUAUGUGGAAGAAGAACGGAGGAUACGUUACGCCAUCUGGUAUUUUGUACGGAAUCAGGAGUGUAUAUCCUAUGUUUCGAGGUUACUACCAACAUGACACUCAGGAAUUUCUUCGGAAUUUUAUGGAUCAAUUGCAUGAAGAGUUGAAACAGGUGGCCCCACCUGAGAUGGCCUCGAUGACUGAUUCGGACACGUUUAGUCUAGCGAUGGACGAACCUGCGCUCAGUUCGAGCUAUGAUUCGAGCGAAGGGGAAUAUGAAACUUGCGACUCGGGGGUUAGCGAGAGGUCGAGUCUCAGCGAUGAUACGGAAAGACCUGCCAGUAGUACGAAAAGAAGGCUUAGCAGAUCCUCGAGUCCGGGAAGGAGGAUACGGACGAGGCUGCAAAGCAACACCAUGGUGAUAGACUCCCAACCGAGUACAAGUUCUUCAAGCACCGCCAGUAUAAACAAGAAACAACAAAAAUACAGAUCGAUCAUUUCGGAUGUUUUCGAUGGCAAACUUCUAUCGUCAGUUCAAUGUUUGACUUGUGAUCGUGUUUCAAGUUGUGUCGAAACAUUCCAAGACCUUUCCCUUCCAAUACCGUCGCGGGACCAUCUAGUGGUACUUCACGGUCGUACGACGGGUCCAACUGCAACAUGUUCAGAGGCUGUAAUUCCAAUGAAUGAAGGUUGGAUUUCUUGGAUUUUGGCGUGGUUAAAAUCGUGGUUUUACGGCCCCGUCGUAACGCUCCACGACUGUUUAGCAGCCUUUUUCAGUACCGAUGAAUUGAAAGGGGACAACAUGUACAGUUGUGAGAAGUGCAACAAGUUACGGAACGGUAUUAAGUUCAGUAAAGUUCUACAAUUACCUGAAGUUCUUUGUAUUCACUUGAAGCGAUUUCGACACGAGUUGAUGUUUAGCAGUAAAAUUUCUUCGGCGGUCAGUUUUCCAUUAAAGGGUCUAGAUAUGCGGCCCUAUCUUCAUGGCGAUUGUAUUUCAAAGGUUACAACUUAUGAAUUAUUUUCGGUUAUUUGUCACUAUGGCACUGCCGGUGGCGGGCAUUAUAUCUGUUAUGCGUUAAAUGGUGGGCAAUGGUAUGAAUUCGAUGAUCAGUAUGUGACGCGAGUACCACCUGAAAAAGUCCAAUCGUGUGAGGCUUACGUUUUAUUUUAUCGAAAAGUGACGAAUACCGCAGACGAAAUCAGGAGUAAGGCUAUUAAACUUGCGAAAACGCAUUCCACGGAACCGCACGAAGUCGCUUAUAUUUCCAAGCAAUGGAUAACAAGAUUCAAUACUUGUGCGGAACCAGGCGCCAUCGACAACUCCGAUUUUCUGUGCCAACACGGCUCCUUCCACCCCGAUCGCGAAAUUGUGUUCGAACGUCUGGCUGUAGCUUUGCCUUUGCCGGUCUACGAGUACCUCCAUAAAAAAUUCGGAGGUUGCCCCCCUGUAACCAGUAUCAACAUAUGUCCCGCUUGUCUGGCUUUCAAUAAUCGACUUUUGUUCGAAAUGGAAACGUUCGUGCAGCUAAACCGAGAAAUGCAACAUAAAGAUAUUCCUUUGACUCAUCUCAUUUCGACGUCUUGGUACACACAAUGGCACAAGUUUGUCCAGAAGAGAACAACAGAUCCUCCAGGUCCUAUUGACAAUUCGAAGAUUAACAUGAAUCAGAUUGACGUGAACGAAUGUGCAGAAAUAACGGAAGGAAUUUGGAAUUUCUUCUUUAAUAUUUAUGGAGGAGGGCCGGAAUUGAAGCUCAGGCCUAAGAGUUUGCAUAGGACGGAAAGCGAAUCGAGUUUACCGAGUGAAGGAGGAGAACAAACGCAUCAGUUUGUUAUACCAACUCUAAAAAAACAAGAGAAAAUUGAUACGAUUGAUAAGAAUGUUUAUUGUUCGGGAGAACCGAUGGAGGUUGAGGAGGCUGAAGAGGAGAAUGAAUGUAACGGCUUUUCGGAAGAAGUAGUCAAAGACAGUACGGGAGAUGCGUCUAGUGAUACUUUACCUAACGGUAUUUGUGCUAUAAGUCAUUCUAAAUUAGCUCACGUUGAUAACGACGUCAGUGAUGAUGAAGUAUGUAAUGUAGAAGUUAAAAAUAGUAAAAGACAUAGGAGACGAAGAAAAGCUUUGUCAAACAUUAAUUAACUCAGAUUUUUUGUAUAUAAAGGUUUGUAUGUUAUUAAAGCAAUAAAUGUUGGGUAUUGUUAUUGA